CCGUGCCAUUGAGAUCAAAACCUCACACAGAAUGGUGCUGUCUUCUGGCCCAAGAUUCGUAGAAAUCCCUCUCCGGGACACGGAUGAGGUGAUUGAAUUAGACUUGGAGCAGCUACCUGAUGGCGAGGAGGUCCUCACCAUCUUGAAAUCAGAGAAUGCCCCUCUUAAAACAUGGCUAGAACUUGGGUUGGAGUACUACAAGAAAGACAGCGUGGACGACUUUGUGAAGAUCUUUGCAUCAUGGCAAGCCGACGCCAACCUGGAUUACUCUGGCAACGAGAAAGACCAGAUGACCGCCCUGGACACCCUGGCAGCUUACUAUGUCCAGCAGGCUCGUAAGGAGAAGAACAAGGACUCCAAGAAGGAGCUGUUCACACAAGCCACGCUUCUCUACACCAUGGCAGAUAGGGUUGUUAUGUACGAUCAGAACCAUCUGCUUGGCCGUGCUUGUUUCUGUCUUCUUGAAGGUGAUAAAAUGGACCAGGCCGAUGCUCAGUUUAACUUUGUUCUCAACCAAGCUCCUAAUAACAUUCCAGCUUUACUAGGUAAAGCAUGCAUCUCUUUUAACAAGAAGGACUGGCGAGGAGCGUUGGCCUACUACAAGAAAGCUCUAAGAACAAAUCCAAACUGCCCAGCUGCUGUACGACUGGGAAUGGGGCACUGCUUUGUGCGUCUUGGCAAACCUGACAAGGCGAAGCUAGCCUUUGAACGAGCCUUGCAGCUGGACCCCCGUUGCGUUGGAGCCAUCGUUGGCCUAGCCAUCCUUGAAGCGAAUGGGAAGGCUACAGACUCCAUUAAGAAGGGUGUCCAACUCCUAAGCAGAGCCUACACCAUCGACUCGGGCAACCCCAUGGUCCUUAAUCACCUUGCUAAUCAUUUCUUCUUCAAGAAGGACUACACCAAGGUACAACAUCUCGCUUUACAUGCUCUACAUGGUACAGAGAAUGAAGCCAUACAAGCCGAGAGUUGCUACCAGCUAGCUAGAUCAUUCCAUGUUCAGGGUGAUUACGACCAGGCAUUUCAGUACUACUACCAAGCGACAACCUACGCCACCCCUAACUUUGUUCUGCCCCACUUUGGUCUUGGUCAGAUGUACAUUCACAGACGAGACACGGAGAACGCUUCUCAGUGUUUUGAGAAGGUGUUGAAGGCUCAGCCCGGCAAUUAUGAGACCAUGAAAAUCCUUGGGUCCCUCUACUCAAACUCCAGAGAUGAAGAGAAGAGAGAAAUUGCCAAAGGUCACCUUCAAAAGGUAGUCGAGCAGCUUCCCGACGACGUUGAGGCUUGGAUCGAGCUUGCUCAGAUUCUCGAGAUCACAGAUGUACAGGCUGCUCUCUCUGCCUACGGUACAGCCACCCGAAUCCUCAAGGACAAAGUCCAAGCCGACGUCCCUCCAGAGAUCCUCAACAACGUGGGCGCCCUUCAUUAUCGGCUCGGUAACAUUCAAGAAGCCAAGCGUUAUUAUGAAGCAUCGUUGGAACACUCUAGGAGAGAGAGGGAACAUGACGAAAUGUACUACAACUCCAUCUCCGUGACAACGACCUUUAACCUUGCCCGUCUCCAUGAAGCUCAAUUCAACAUGGAGAGCGCCGUCAAGCUUUACAAGGAAAUCUUGAAAGAACAUCCUAACUAUGUUGAUUGCUACCUUAGACUGGGCUGUAUGGCAAGAGAAAGAGGUCAAAUCUACGAGGCUUCUGAUUGGUUCAAAGAAGCUCUUCAGAUCAAUCAGGACCAUCCUGAUGCAUGGUCACUCAUUGGAAAUCUCCAUCUUGGUAAACAAGAGUGGGGUCCUGGACAGAAGAAAUUUGAGAGGAUCCUAAAACAACCAUCAACCCAGAAUGACACAUACUCCCUUCUUGCUCUUGGCAAUGUCUGGCUACAGACCCUCUACCAACCCACCAGGGACAAAGAAAAGGAGAAGCGUCAUCAGGAGAGGGCCUUGGCUCGGUACAAACAGGUGCUUAGGAGCGAUAGCCGUAACAUCUACGCAGCCAAUGGAAUAGGAUGCAUCCUGGCCAUGAAGGGGUACAUCAGAGAAGCUAGGGAUGUUUUCUCUCAGGUGAGGGAAGCCACAGCCGAUGUCUCCGAUGUUUGGCUGAACCUAGCACACAUCUAUGUAGAACAGAAGCAGUACAUCAGUGCUAUACAGAUGUACGAAAACUGCAUCAAGAAGUUCUUCAAGUACCACAACACGACUGUCCUGAGCUACCUAGCGAGGGCAUACUUCAAAACGGGAAAGCUCAAGGAGUGCAGACAGACUUUGCUCAAGGCAAAGCGUGUUUCUCCCCAUGACACUCUCAUAACAUACAACCUAUCGCUGGUGCUACAGCGUAUCGCCAUGUACGUCCUGCGUGAUGAGAAGUCUAACCUCAAGACUGUGUUGGGUGCGGUUUCAGAACUCAAGACCGCCCAGAGGUACUUCACGUACCUCAGUAAGUCGGGGGAUCGAAUGAGGUUUGAUCUCACGCAGGCUGGAGUGGAGGCUAGGCAAUGUGCUGAUCUUCUAAGCCAGGCUCAAUAUCACGUACAGAGAGCAAGAAGACAGGACGAGGAGGAGAGAGCCCUGAGACAGAAACAGGAAGAAGAAAGAGAGGCUCUUAGACAGAAACACAUGGAGAUACAAAUGGCCAAGAGACACGAAGAAGAGGAAAGGAUGAAAGCUCUCAUUGAGAAGAGAACCGAGUUCAUUGAGAAAACUAAGAACAUCCUGACGUUACCGGACAUUGUUGAGACCAAGCCCAAAGCAGGCCGCAAAGGAAGGCGAGGGAAGAACACGGGAGAGAUCUACAGCGAAGGAAGCGGAAGCGAAGAGGACGAAGAACCGAGGCAGAAGAAGAAGAGGAGAAAGCAGAGAGGAAGUGACGAGGAAGGAGACGGAGCCGAAAGACCAAAGAAAAAGAGAAGACCGCGAAAGAAGGACAGACUAGGCUCGGAUGAUGAGGAAGGAGGAGAGGAUCGACCAAGAAAACGAAAGAGGAAGGAGAAGAGUGGAAAGUCAAAGAAGAUGAAGGAACUGAAGUCGAUGGAGAGAGAGGUUCCAGGAAAGUUCAAAUCAAAGGCUAUUCUGUCGUCGACAGACUCAGACUCGGAUGGAGAAAGGCUGAAGAUUACGGACGUGCCGAUUGAUAGUGGCAGUGGUACCCAAGGGAGCGACGAAGAAGAAGAAGAAGAGAGGAAACCCAAACAAGGACGCAUCAAGCGAAGGAUGGUCUCCGACUCCGACAGCGAUCAGUCGGGAUCGGAAGGGGGCGGAGCCUCACCGGCCGAAGAGGAGGAAGAGGAAAUGGAAGAAGCAAGGUCCGAGUCGGAUGGAGGUCAGGGGUCAGGUCAAGGGUCGGGUCAAGAGUCAGGUCAGGGGUCAGCUCCGGUGUCAGAGCAAGAGGACAGUGAUUAAAGCAGUUUUAUCAUUUAAUAACUCAUCAUACAUGGACCCAUCUUUAGUCAAUAAGAUUGAGUUUUGCACUGAACAUUCACAUCCUCACACAUUUCCUUAUUCUACAUUUCAAGCUGGAGAGUUUUAUAUUCAUUUGUUCUGCUAGCAGAGUGUCUUCUCGAAUAUCCAGCCAUCACAUCGGCUAAACCCAUUUCAUCAGCUAUCAAUUUCAUCUAGUACCCACUUGUCUAAUACUCAUUGGCCCUUAUUCUGAAGUCGCGUUUAACUUAAACUCAGGUUUGAAGAUGUGGCUUAAAGUAUGGAAAGCCAAUUGUUACAUAAAUCACUACCAGUAGUGAUAUACUUUAGUUCAUUUGGCUCUCAAAUCAUUCAUGAUUAUCUAGAAAGUACAAAUAGAUGAUUAUCUUCACCAUCCAUGAAUCAGGAAAUAGCACAGUAAACAUAAGAAGCAUAAAACUUAAUAAAAAUUUUGAUACUUUUGGCUCCCUAUACUUAAACCACAACUUUAAACCUGAGUUUAAGUUAAACCCGACUUCAGAAUAUGGGCCAUUUAGUCUAAUACCCAGUUUGACUAAUCUCCACUUCGUCAACUUGAUAUUCUUUUUAUAUUUUCAAAAUGAAAAUUGGGUUAUUGACAAGCACUUCAUCUAACCUUAGAGAAUGAGUGAUGGUAGACCGACUAGAUAUCAAACAAAAUUAGUAAAUCGUAUCCGGGAGGCAUUUCAUCAACAUUUUCAUCUGACGAGUUCUCAGAUUUGACAAUUUACCUUGAUUUUGAUUGGAUGAGAAGCACUGUUACUACUGUAACUGUCGGAUAAAAGGUCUAACAAGUCCUCUCAGGAAAAGCCCCUGUGCUGGCCAUACAGAAACGUUACCGCUAACAGAACGCUAACAGUAGGCCCGGUUAUGUCUUUCGGAAUGUGAGGUCAAACGUUGAUCCGAGAUGUGAAUAAACGGUUGUUGUGAUAUGCGGCAUCGCUGUGAUAUUACUGGUUUAAACAGGGCCUCUGUUAGUGCAUUGUUUGCGCUGUUAAUGUGUCUGUGUGGCCGAUACAGGAAAGUAGACAAAACGGUAAAAGGGCUUAGUGGCGA